AUGUCAAUUAUAUUAAUCCUGCAUGUAAAAGGUUAAAACGAAAAAUGUUAAAUAGGAUGUUAAAGUUGUAAUAAUUAGAUUUAAAAUACACCAUGCAGUUAGUGUUAUGAAGGCUAUCAAUUGUAAUAAGAAACUGGUAUUUGCUAAUACACUUAAUGCAACCCUAAUCUCUAUUUUUAAAUACAAGCUAACUAAAACAGUGAUUCAAAAGGUGAUUGUGUAUCAGUGUGUAACCCUUUAUAUUUAGGGGAACCUUAAACUAAUCUAUGUACUAAGAAACUAACCUGCUCUACAUCAUUCUUAACUUAAUAAAACUUUAUCAACUCUGGAUAAGCUUAAGAUAUUUUUGUAUAUCAAAAUUAAUAUUACAUCGCCUUGCAAUCAGGAUUUCUCUCAGUAUACAAUAUGACUGAUAUGUUCUUAAUUAAAAACCUUUACUACGAUAGUAAUGAUCUAAAAAUAUUAAAUAUAAAUGGUUUUAUUUUAGUAAUAAGCAGUAAUUCAAUUUUGUCUCAAUGGGAAAUAGUGAACGAAUAGAGAUAGUAUGGAUAAUCUUCGUAAAUAUAUUUUAGCAUAUAAUAUUUUAUAAAGUAGCAUAAUCAUUUAAGUAGUAUAUGA